AUGUUGACUCCACGGCCGGAUUAUAUCGACCUCAGGUCAAAAUCACAAGCGUCUGUCUCGCGCCCGCUCAAAUCGCCCCGUCUCCAUAUUGCUGGGGAGGCGCCCCCAGAAUUAUCACCACUGGAUGCCUUCGCGAUGCAAAGCCGGCUGCUGGCCAUGCAGUUAAAAGAGAGUGAAAAGCAGGGUCGACGAAUGAGCCGGCUACCGCCGUUGACGACCGAAAGCCCGUUGAUUAUGCAGGGCCGAUCCGACUACUUUCGCUCCAUGUCACACGAUUCCGGUUCUGAUGACGGCGAUCAAGGAAACGAGGUAAUGGGCCUCGGAUUCAGGACUGAGGUGGACGACGAUGCUGCGCAGCGGCCUGUCUCGGUACACCCACAGAUGAGCCAUAUCCUGCCCGCGCCAGAUGAUUCGAUUCCUCUGCCAGAGCGUGCGACUGCGGAAAUAUCAAGAUGGGAGCAGUUGAACGAUAUCAACGAACACCAGACCUUUCUUGGAAUUGGAGCACGCAGGGAGCUGUCUCCUACCCCCAUAGACCGCAAUCAACUCCCUGAGAGACAAUCAGAAUCGAGAUCAGCAAUUUAUGACAGCGUCACGCAGCAAUCGCCAACAUCAAGCUACCUUACCUGCAACUCACCCGAGAAGAUCGCCAAGAAAUCCUCGUUCGAGUCAGGGGGGCUUGUUCCUCCGCGUCCUUUAUUCUCCAAGCGGUCAUCGAGCAUCAUGUCAUCCCCACUUGAAUCAACAGACGAGGACGGCGUCAGCUCCCUGAGCACCUCUGUUCACUCACAAGGCACUCGCAAGUUUUCAUCUAGCAGUGGCAGCGUUCUUUCCCCUGGGUUUGCCCCGUCUCGACGGUCACCGUCUGUUAGCUCCGAUGCUUCGGGGCUUCCUCGCCCAUCCUUCAACUUCUCCAGGCCCUUGAGCAGAGCUGGCACGCCGAGUUUUGACUCGCCCGCCCGGCAAGCAUCAUCAGACAGCCAGGCUUCAUUUAUUCUUGCAGACGACACCGCUGGAACCCCUGUCAGCAUGAAUGGGGAAGGGUUUCCCGACUCGAACGUUGACAAUGGGGUAACACCUGCCCCAUCGUAUAUCUAUUCGAAAUUCUCUCUUCCUCGUGGCAAGGUUCUUCAGAGACUAUCAGCCAUGCUGCUUGAGAGCCAACCAACGCCAGCGAAGUUUUCCUGGGAACAACCCGCUGUUGCACUACCGAGCAACGUCAGGGCGUAUCCGGUGGCUGGGCAGCCUCCUCCUUCCCCGCCAACUAGGCCAUCUAGUGCUGCAGGAAGCCGUCUGUUUGAAGAGCACCUCCCACGUCCAUCGCUAGAGGGCAGUAAGCUUAGCGUCGAAAUAGCCAGGCGCCUCGAGCAGCCUUCCCCCGACCCAAGCCGUCCGUCCACAGACAAUGCUCGUCCCUCCGAAGACAUGGCAAGGGGACGGCCGCUGACCUCCCCUCUGCAUGACUCUCCACGAGGGAAAACGCCCAUGUCAACCACGGCUAGCGACUCUGCCAGCACUAUUAAAGCUGCCCGUUCACAAUAUUCAUACACACCGACGAUGACAGACUUGUCGGGAGAAGAACACGUGAGCAAAGCUGUCGAACUACACGAAAAGGGUUCUCUCCAAGAGUCGACUUGGCAUCUGCGCCACGCGGCGAGGCAAGGUAAUCCUACAGGUAUGCUUCUAUACGCUCUCGCCUGUCGCCACGGGUGGGGAAUGCGUGCAAACCAAAAAGAGGGCGUAGAGUGGCUUCGGAAAGCUGCCGAGUCUGCCAGCUUGGAAAUUGCGGAUGAGGAAGGCCUGGCCAAGGAAGGGAACGCACUUGAUGUGGUCGAGCGUAAGACGCGAAAAGCUCAGUUUGCUUUGAGUAUUUACGAACUGGGUGUAAGCCACAUGAACGGCUGGGGCAUCGAGCAGGACAAGGCUCUUGCUUUGCGGUGCUUCGAGAUUGCCGGAUCGUGGGGUGACGUCGAUGCUUUGGCCGAGGCAGGCUUCUGCUAUGCUAAGGGGAUCGGCUGCAAGAAAAAUCUCAUGAAAAGCGCCAAGUUCUACCGCGAGGCAGAGGCAAAGGGCAUGAGCAUGGUUGGCAACAGCUGGAUUCACAAGCCGAAGUAUAAUGAAGACACGACCGACUCUUCCAAGCCCCGAUCGAAAUCGAGGUCGAGAAAAGGGUUCUUCAGCAGGAAGACGCAUACAUGA